AGCAACAUCACCAAGCACGCACGUUAGAUCGGUCCUUCACACUUCUACGACGGUCAACAUGCCUGGUGUGCUCGCUCAGUCGCCGGCCACGGUCCCCAGCAAGCGGGUCUUGCAAGACACGACGAACUCGCGCCAGAAUGAGCAAGCUUCUCCCUCGAAGAGAGUCAAGCUCGCUGACAAGUCUACAUCCAAGUUCAAGACGCCCGGCAACAGGGCGCCCAACGGCGGUCACCUCGGCUCGAGCCAGAAGAAGAGCCACUUUGAGGAAGAGGUGCUGGAGAAGCUGACACAGGACAUUGAUGCUCUGAAGCGAAAGAACUCGGAAAAGGACCAGCACUGGGCCCGGCCGAGUCUGGAUGACUUCAAUCACAAAACCGACACGCUCUGCUUUCAACAAAUUGAAGCCGAGGAGAGCACGCUGCAUGGCGGCAAAGCAACGGUCAAGCUGUUCGGCGUUACGGAAACCGGCCACUCCGUCUUGCUGCAUGUGACCGACUUCAUGCACUACCUCUACGUUGCCGCCCCGGUUUCCUUCACCAAGAAUGACUGCGAGCCUUUCAAAGCCUACCUCGAGACCGCUCUGGCCCAGCAUGCGUCAGCUAUCCACUCCGUCCAGAUCACCAUGCGGGAGAACCUCUUCGGCUUUCAGGGCAAUCAGAAAGCUGCUUAUCUGAAGAUCACCGUCACCGAUCCCAAACAUAUCCACCGCCUGCGAACCUCCAUUGAAAGCGGCAAUGCAAAUUACAAAGGCCUCUGGAAAUCUGCAGAGGGUGGAGUGCUUACCUUUGACAGCAUCCAGUAUGUCCUGCGUUUCAUGAUUGACACCCACAUCGCCGGCAUGUCCUGGGUGUCUGUCAAUGCCGACAAGUACCACAUGAUCCCGCAGCAAGAUCGUCACUCGCACUGCCAGAUCGAGGCAUACUGCCACUUCCGGGACAUCAUUGCUCACCCCGUCGAUGGCGAGUGGCAAAAGAUGGCUCCACUCCGUGUCUUGAGUUUCGACAUUGAGUGCGCCGGGCGGAAAGGAGUUUUCCCGGAAGCAAACAUCGAUCCCGUCAUCCAGAUUGCCAACGUCGUCACGAGGUAUGGCGAGGAGAAGCCAUUCGUCCGCAACGUCUUCUGCAUGGACACUUGCAGCCUGAUCGUCAACACGCAAAUCUUCGAGUUUGAGAAGGAAGAGGCAAUGCUGAUGGCGUGGAGGAACUUUGUCGAAGAAGUCGAUCCCGACGUGAUCAUUGGGUACAACAUCGCCAAUUUCGAUUUCCCGUACUUGCUCGACCGUGCGGCGCAUUUAAAGGUUGGCCGCUUUCCGUACUGGUCCCGAUUGAAGAACGUCAAGUCUGUGGCAAAGGAAACGAACUUCUCCAGUAAGCAGAUGGGAAAUCGGGAUACCAAGGCGACGAACACGAACGGCCGUCUGCAGCUGGAUCUUCUGCAGCUCGUCCAACGGGACUAUCAACUGCGCAGCUACACUCUCAACUCUGUAUCAGCGCACUUUCUGAACGAGCAAAAAGAAGACGUCCACCAUACCAUGAUUACGGAGCUGUACAAUGGCACACCCGAGUCCCGACGACGUUUGGCAGUGUACUGUCUCAAGGAUGCUUAUCUGCCGCAGCGUCUCAUGGACAAGCUCAUGUGCCUGAUCAACUACACCGAGAUGGCCAGAGUCACAGGCGUGCCAUUCAACUACCUGCUCGCCCGUGGCCAACAAGUGAAGUUCAUCAGUCAGCUCUUCCGCAAAGCCUUGGAGCAACAGCUUGUCAUUCCCAACCUCAAGUCCGAGGGGUCUGACGACCAGUACGAAGGUGCCACCGUCAUUGAGCCUACACGUGGGUAUUACGAUGUACCCAUCGCCACACUGGACUUUGCGUCCUUGUACCCCAGCAUCAUCCAGGCGCACAACCUUUGCUACACGACCCUCCUCAACAAGAGCGCGGUCGAGCGGCUUGGUCUGAAGAAGGAUGACGACUAUAUUGUGACGCCGAACGGUGACCUCUUCUGCACGGCGGAAGUUCGCAAAGGUCUCUUGUCGCAGAUUCUGGAGGAGCUGCUUGGUGCGCGAAAGCGCGCAAAGAAAGAACUCGCCGUGGAGACGGAUGCGUUCAAGAAAGCUGUGCUCAAUGGUCGUCAACUUGCCCUCAAGAUCAGCGCAAACUCCGUCUACGGCUUAACCGGCGCCACUGUUGGCAAGUUGCCCUGCUUGGCGAUUGCCAGCAGCACUACGUCCUACGGAAGACAGAUGAUUGAAAAGACCAAGGACGAAGUCGAAGCUCGCUACACGAUCGCAAACGGAUACAGCCACGAUGCACAAGUAAUCUACGGCGACACUGACUCUGUCAUGGUCAAAUUCGGCCCGAGCGAUCUCGCCAAAGCUAUGGAGCUCGGUCAAGAUGCGGCAGACUACGUCUCGGGCAAGUUCAUCAAGCCCAUCAAGCUCGAGUUCGAGAAGGUGUACUAUCCGUAUCUGCUCAUCAACAAGAAACGCUACGCCGGGCUGUACUGGACGAACACCGACAAGUACGACAAGAUGGAUACGAAAGGCAUUGAGACUGUGCGGCGUGACAAUUGUCGAUUGGUGUCGACUGUGAUUGAAACGAGCUUGAGGAUGCUGCUGAUCGACAGGGAUGUCCAGGGGGCCCAGGAUUUCGUCAAGGACACCAUUUCCGAACUCCUCCAAAACAAGAUUGACAUGUCGAAUCUGGUCAUCACCAAAGCCCUGGCCAAAGCCGACUAUGCGGCCAAGCAAGCACAUACGGAGCUCGCAGAACGGAUGCGGAAACGCGACGCGGGUUCUGCACCCGCGCUGGGCGACCGCGUGGCAUACGUGAUGGUGAAGGGGUCUGCCGGAUCCAAGGGGUACGAAAAGUCGGAGGAUCCGAUCUUCGUCCUCGAGAAUAACCUGCCAAUCGAUACGAAAUACUACCUCGACAAUCAGCUGGCCAAGCCGCUCGGCCGCAUCUUCGAGCCGAUUUUGGGGGAGAAGAAGGCGGCAUCGCUGCUGACGGGCGAGCACACGCGCUCCAUCUCCGUCGCCGCACCUACGAUGGGCGGAUUGAUGAAGUUUACCAAAAAGACGGAAACAUGCCUGGGAUGCAAGAAGCCCUUGACGAGUCACGAAGAGCGGGGUGGCGCGGUCGGGGCAGAGUGCCGGGCACGCUUCGGCGAGCUGUACCAGAAGUCGCUGACGAAGGUGUCAGAGUUUGAAGUGCGGUUUGCCCGGCUGUGGACGCAGUGCCAGCGGUGCCAGGGAAGCAUGCACAACGAGGUGAUUUGCUCGAGUCGCGACUGUCCGAUUUUCUACAUGCGCAUGAAGGCGAAGAAGGAUGUGGAAGAUGCCGGCAAGGAGUUGGAGCGCUUCGACCGCGACGCGACGCUUUGGUGACAGCACUUUGGUAGCGCGGGGAUAUGUGUGACGCUAGAGCGCUGAAGGAUUCCGCGACUCUACGCAGAGCGCUUAGAUUGUGCACCUCAGAUACGGUGCACAGGAGUUUGUGGAUGGACGUUGCUGCUUUGUCCUGCUGUGCAACAUGUGGGUAGUGGAAUACAGAUAGUGAUUUAUGUCGGCAUGUGAAUGAACGGUUUUCCCAGGG